AUGGCUCCCCCAAUUCACAGCGACAACAGAGCAGAUAUCGGGCGGCCCAUGUUGAGAUCACGAUCUUCGCGUCGUUCUCGCCCUCCCUCUUCCCUCGUCAGUUUUCCGGGCGUUGCCAGCGGCAGCCGGCCCAAAUCCGUACACAUCUCUGCAGAUGAAUACAAAGCCAUCACCGACCUCGUCGAGCUCGCCAAAUCCUUCCUCGAGAAUCAACAAAACGGCGAAGCCUCGAGUUCAUCAACGCCAACCCAGAGUGGCUCGCUUGACUACUCUAAGUCUCCGAAGCAGGAUGGCCCCCUCGACCCCUUUGGCGCCAAUUUCGACGCCCGGGAAUGGGCCAAGUCCUUCUAUCGUCUCCGUUCCGACAGCUGCGAGAUGCGGAAGGCGGGCGUGGGUUAUCGAAAGCUCAGCGUUUCGGGUUACGGGUCCGACACGGCGUUCCAGGCGACUGUGAGCAACGCGUGGUGGCUCAGCGCCGUGGCGGCAGUGCGUGGGCUGUUACGUAUGAAGCGUCAACGGGUGCGCAUCUUGCACGGCCUCGAAGGGGUGGUGAACGACGGCGAGAUGCUGUGUGUGCUGGGCCCGCCAGGAAGCGGGUGUUCGACCUUCCUGCGGACGAUGGCGGGGGACACGUACGGCACGCAGGUGUCGGAGAAGGCUCUUCUCAACUACCGCGGCGUGAGUGCGGACGAGAUGAAGCGCUAUUUCAAGGGAGACGCCAUUUACACGGCCGAGGAGGACGUUCAUUUCCCGGCUCUCUCGGUAGCAGACACCCUCUUCUUCGCCGCACGUGCGAGGACGCCCAGGACCCGGCCCGAGGGGCUCACACCUGACGAGUACGCGCGGCGGGUGCGCGACGUGACCAUGGCCAUGCUGGGAAUCCAGCACACGAUGCAGACGCCCGUCGGCGGCACGGACGGCGACACGGUACGCGGCGUGUCGGGCGGCGAACGCAAGCGUGUGAGCAUCGCCGAGGCUGCGCUCAGCUUUGCGCCGAUCCAGUGCUGGGACAACAGCACACGAGGCCUCGACAGCGCAGCGACGGUCGACCUCUGCAGAACCCUGCGCAUUCAGAGCGACAUCAUGGGCAUGGCGAGCGCUGUAGCCAUAUACCAGAGCCCACAGGAGGCCUACGAGUUGUUUGACAAGGUCCUGCUCCUCUACGAGGGACGACAAAUCUACUUUGGCAAGACGACGGAAGCCAAAAGCUAUUUUCAGCGGCUGGGCUUCGUUUGUCCGAGAAAUCAGACGACGCCGGAUUUCCUGACGUCCAUGACCAGCCCGGCCGAGCGUGAGGGCAUCAUCAAGCGUGGCCAUGAGAAAAGAGUCCCGCAUACCGCUGACGAGUUUGCUGAGGCGUGGAGGACGAGCAGCCAACGCCGCCAGCUUAGCCAGGAAGUGGAUGCUUACGCUACAUCCUUUCGCCUGAGCGGCUCGCGCACUCACUUUGCCGACUUCCUGGCGAGCAAGAAAAGCGACCAGUCAUGGAUGCAGAGGUGGAAGUCGCCUUACACCAUCUCAUACCCAAGGCAGGUCACUCUGUGUCUGUGGCGCACCCUAGCCCUGCUCAAGGCUGCACCGCAGAUGACGGUGACGAUGCUCGUCAUAAACCUGUUCCAAACGCUCAUUGUGGCGAGUGUCUUCUUCCGACUGCGCGAAACAGCCGAGUCCAUGAAGGCGCGCAGCACGCUCCUGUUUACAGCUGCGCUGGUCAACGCCUUUGGGUGCGUCCUCGAGGUGGCAGCCUUAUAUGCUAAGCGCGCUAUCGUCGAGAAGCAUGUGAGAUAUGCUCUGUAUCACGCGUCGGCCGAGGCUAUUGCGGAUUUGGUCAUGAGUUUGCCGUAUAAGCUGCUCAACGCCAUUACGGUCAAUACUAUCUUUUACUGGAUGUGCAACUUGCGCAACGAACCCGGGGCCUUUUUAUUCUUCGUAUUGGUCCAAUUCGCUAUGACGCUCGCUGUGAGCUUGCUUUUCCGGCUCGUCGCAUCUGUUACCAAGAGCCACGCGGCGGCCAUGGCCCCGUCGACAAUGGUCCUGCUCGCCCUGGCGUUGUACACGGGUUUUGCGGUCCCGCCCAUGUACACCAAGUCGUAUGCCGGGUGGAUUUCCACGGUCAGCCCCGUGGCCUAUGGGUUCGAGGCUCUUAUGAUCAACGAAUUCGGCAAUGGGCGGAGGUUUCCUUGCAAGACCUUCAUUCCGUCCGGCCCGACCUACGAUGCUGCGGCCAUGAUGGCGAAGACGCGCGUAUGUGCCGCGCAGGGGGCUGUCGCAGGCGCCACGUUUGUUGAUGGAAGCGCAUACAUCAGCAAUGCGUUUGGGUAUCUGGAACGACAUCGGUGGCGGAAUGUCGGUGUCAUAUUUGCGUUUGCGGUGGCCUACCUUCUGCUGCACCUCAUUGCUGCGGAGCUGGUGAGCAGCACGAAGAGCAAACAGGAGAUGCUUGUGUUUCCCAGGGGUAAAGUUCCAAAGGGGCGAGAAAGAGACGACGUGGAAAAUCAUGUCACCAAGGGAAGGACAGAAGCACAUUAUAGCAAUGCGAGCAUCCCGAUGGCUUCCCUCCCCACCACACCCACCACACCCGUCUUCACGAAAAGGGGGUUUGCGGGUAUGUAUCCGUACACCGACGGAGGGUCUCCGACAGUAGCUAGAGGUGGGAAGAUGUAUGAUACGGAGUACACCGACAUGAGCCCGACGUCUCCUACCAAGCCCUGGAACUGGUCGCUGCAGGAGCGAGACAACUUCGACCAUGACGACAACAGCGGCCUGGGAAUCGACCGCCAGACAGCCAUCUUCCACUGGAGCAACGUUUGCUACGACGUCAAGAUCAAAAAGAAAGAGAUGAAGCGCAUUCUGGAUCGUGUGGACGGGUGGUGUGAGCCGGGAACUCUUACUGCGCUCAUGGGAGUCUCGGGCGCCGGCAAGACCACUCUUCUCGACGCCCUCGCUUCGCGCCUGUCCACUGGCGUUUUGACGGGCGAGAUGUUGGUCGAUGGGGCCCCGCGCGACGCCUCAUUUCAGCAGAAGACGGGCUAUGUCAAGCAGCAAGACCAGCAUCUGCUCACAUCGACGGUGCGUGAGGCUCUCACGUUCAGUGCCAUUCUUCGCCAGCCCGCCCGGUAUUCUCGCAAGCAGAAAAUUGCAUACGUUGAUAAGGUUAUAAAUAUUCUGGGUAUGGAAGAAUAUGCAGACGCCGUCGUUGGCGUGCCUGGGGAGGGCCUGAACGUUGAACAGCGGAAGAAGCUGACUAUUGGCGUUGAGCUGGCUGCUCGUCCUGCGCUUCUGCUGUUUCUGGAUGAGCCUACCUCGGGCUUGGAUUCGCAAACAAGUUUGUCGAUUUGCACUUUGCUUGAGACGUUGAGGCAGAAUGGGCAGGCUAUUCUGUGCACGAUCCAUCAGCCAUCAGCAAUUCUGUUUGAGCGGUUCGACAGGCUUCUUCUUCUUGCUCACGGUGGACGGACCGUCUACUUUGGCCAGAUUGGACAGGGACGCAAUGCUAACAUCCUGAUCGACUAUUUUGUCCGCAAUGGCGGGCCACGGCCCGCAAAGGGGCAAAACCCGGCUGAGUACAUCCUCGAGCAAGUCAGCGCCGGCGGGAGCGGGAAAAACGGCGUGGACUGGCCCGACACGUGGCGACAGAGUCCCGAGUACGACGAGGUCCAGACCUACCUCACCCGACUGAGAGAAAACGGAAAGGGGGCGCACCAAUAUCCAACGCAACAUCAGCAACAGAACGAUCCCCCGUUCGCUGCUCCUUUGCCUGUUCAGCUCUCCGAAGUGACCAGGCGUUUGGCCGGACACUACUGGCGCAGCCCAGGCUACGUCUACGCUAAAUUGCUGUUGACGUUCGGUUCGGCCCUCUUCAUCGGCCUCUCGCUGCUCAACCUGCCCAACACGCAGUCGGGGAUCACGAUCCAGACCAUCGCCAUCUUCAUGUUCCUCACGACACAUCUGAACCUACUGCAACAGAUCCUGCCUGUCUUCGUGGUGCAGCGCACGCUGUAUGAGGGCCGCGAGCAACCUUCACGCACGUACUCGUGGACCGCGUUUAUGGGAGCCCAAAUCGUGGUUGAGAUGGCCUACAAUGCACUCAUGGCGCCGCCAGCGUUCCUGGCCUGGUACUAUCUCGUUGGACUGAACCGCAACGCGGCAGAGACGAACGACACCGCCUCACGUGGCGGACUGGCUUUUUUGUUCAUGCUCGUUUUCUUCCUGCAGGCCAGCACUUUUGCGCACAUGCUCGGGGCGAUCUUCGAUCUCGCCGACCAGGCUGCCGGCAUCGGUACUCUUCUCUUCGUCGUGAUGUUCAUCUUCAACGGGAUCCUCGCUACGCCGCCUAGCUUCUGGGUUUGGAUCUACCGCGUCAAUCCGUUCACCUACCUUGUCGAAGGCUUGUUGGGCACAGGGCUCGCGAAUGCGGGCAUACGAUGCGCGAAGAAUGAGUUUCUUCAAAUGAACCCGCCUCCAGGGCAGACGUGCGGGCAGUACUUGCAGACCUACAUCGCUCAGGCGGGUGGAUAUCUUGCUGAUCCGACCGCCGCGGGAAAUUGCAGUCUUUGCACGACAAGCAACACAAAUGAGGUGCUGGCCGGGGUGCACGUCGAGUUUGGCAAUCGCUGGCGCGACUUGGGCAUCUUGUUUGCAUUCGUUUUCUUCAACGCCGCCGCCGCUUUCGCCUUGUAUUCGACCCGUGUGCCCAAGCCCAAGAAAGAAAAAGACGUUAAAUCACCACGGCCCACCUCAUCACCAUCACCAGACCAAGACGAUAGUGGCACAAAACCCCCUACCAAAGAUUGGAAACAUCUCGUCGUGAAGGGAAGACAAGGUGGUGCUGGUGAGGGUUCACCGAAACAUCUCUUGGAUGAGUACGAGGACCCAACGGACAAACCCUUUCGUGUUCCGAGAUCUUUUUCGUCGUCCGUCAAUGGUGGCAGUCAGGUGCUCAAGGACAGUGGCAAAAGGUAUUGGGAUGAUGUCGUCGACGAGGAGAGUGAGGUGGAGGAUUUGAGCCCGGGCGAAGAAAGGCCACCCGCGACUCCUCAAUAUUGGAUUUGA